AUGGCAGCGACAUUCCGAUCUCGUGCUCCCAAUGCUACCCAACAACAACAACAACAAGUCGCCGUAUACAAUGGCAUAGCGGUUCCCAACGCAAAAUACGCGUCCUUCCCGAUCGCGCUCCACCAUGACGACUCGGGCUACGAUGCGGCCGACUACGAGUCUCAGGGACAGGGCACGCAGCAGCUGCAAAGCGGGGCAGCUUCAGAGCAGUUCGACAUGACGCCUCCCCAGGCGUCCACGCACGCUUCCUGGCAGGCGCUGCACGACUAUGCGCAGUCGCAUGCCUCGGAGCACGGCUACGCGCUCUCCAUCAACACCACGGCCAAGAACCGCUCGCGCAUCAAGCUUGCCUGCGUCUGCUACGGACAGCCCAAGAACACACACAAGCUGACGGCCGAGACGCGCAUCCGCAAGAACAGGGUCAGCUACAAGACGGGCUGCAAGAUGUGGGUUGAAGGCAAGAAGCAGGAGGACGGCACCUGGCUGCUGCGCGUGGGCGAGCCCCGCCACAACCACGCGGGCCGCCCGAGUGAAGGCUGGGCGCUGCAGCGGAAGAGGACCUGGGGGGUGGUUGGAGGGCGAAUUGGCGUUGGCGGUGUCACGGCAAAGGAGGAGCUGGCCAAGAUGCACGCCGGCCCCGCCGACAAGGACGACGACGAGGGCGAAGAGGCCCAGGGCGCCUCCCAGAAGCCAAGCCACAGCCUCGAGCGUGGUGGCCUGGUAUGGAAGAUUGUCGAGCAGGAAAUGCUUCGCAAGAGCGAGCCGAGCCAGGGUAGAGACCGAGGUGUAGGGCGCACCGUCGACGUGCUCCACGCUCGGUUGCCCGGCAUACACAUCUUCAAGCGCGACGUCUACAACAUACGUGCCCAGAUCAAGCGGGCCAGGAAAGCAGCAGGGCAGCAGCUUGGAGACGGCGUCAACACCGAGGACGACGACGCAGAAGAGGCACAAGAGGCAGAAGCCCGGGAAGACACACAGGAAGACAGCGAACACGUCUCUCCCAAGCCACCCAUACUGCCUCGUCCCAGCCAUCAAGUCCGAACUGCGCCGCAGCAGCCUGUGCAUUCGUGCGACUUUGCUUUCGAUCCCUCUUUACCUCGCACCGCCAGCUCCCUGAACAGCUCCACCCCCUCAUACCACGUCCUCUCCACGUCUCAUGCCGAGCUCGAACAGCUACGAAAAGAGAAUGCGCAACUCAAAGGCAUGUUGACCGAGAAGACGAAGGAGGUCAAGGAGAAGAACAUUGUCAUUGCCGGCUUGCGAUCGCAGCUCGACUAUAUGACGAGCAUGGCCAUGCUACCGAGCUAG